AUGAGGAAGCAUCUGGGAGCUUGGUGGCUGGCCAUUGCCUUUGUCUUGCUCCUCAGCCAUCUCUCCAUGGUCACCGCGAGAGGCAUAAAGCACAGAAUCAAGUGGAACCGCAAGGCCUUGCCCAACACCGGCCACGUCACGGCGGCCCAAGUCACCGAGACCCGCCCGGGAGCCUUCAUCAGGCACGGCCGGAAGCUCGAUAUUGACUUCGGAGCAGAGGGCAACAGGUACUACGAGGCCAACUACUGGCAGUUCCCUGAUGGAAUCCACUACGACGGCUGCUCUGAGGCCAACGUGACCAAGGAGAUGUUUGUCACCAGCUGCAUCAACACCACCCAGGCGGCCAACCAGGAGGAGUUCUCUCGGAAGCAGGACAACAAGGUUUACCAGCGCAUCCUGUGGCGGCUGAUCAGGGAGCUCUGCUCGGUCAAGCACUGCGAUUUUUGGCUGGAUCGGGGAGGAGGACUUCGAGUCAGUCUGGACCAGCCUGUGAUGCUCUGCCUGCUGGUUUUCAUUUGGUUUAUGGUAAAAUAAGCUUGCAAAGAGGUGGUCGCCCCAGAGGUGAAGCAGAUAAUCGAACACUGGUGAGUUAUCCCGGUUCUUCUCCCCCAGCCCCCAAACCACCACUUGUGCCUGAAGGUACCAAAGAGCAAUGAUUCGUCGGCACUUCCUAGAUGCCUCCCAAGUAUUCACUCUGGUAUUUGAUUGUAUUUGUGAAAUGUGUGUGCACUGGUCCCCUCUGUGGUCUACCGGAGAACAGGGCUGGGACUCUUCAUCACUGAUUUCUCAGCAUUUGGCUGCUAACCAAGAGGUCGGCAGUUGCAAUCCACCAGCCACUCCUUGGAAACCCUGUGGGGCAGUUCUACUCUGUCCUAUAUAGUGGCUAUGAGUUGGAAUCAACUCCAUAGCAAUGGUUUUUUUUUUCUUUUGGAGGCGGGGGAGGUGGAGGUUUAUACAGGGCCUGGCACAUGGUAUUAUACAAUAAAUGUUUGGCAAACACAUAAAAGAAUGUGCCAGGAGCUGUGCCAAGCCCUUCACAAUAUUUCCCAACAACGCUUUGAGGUAGGUGUUAUUCCCAUUUUACAGAGGAGGAAACUGAGGCUCAGAAAGGUGAAGUGAUUCGCCCAGAGUCACACAGCUAGAACGUGCCAGAGCCAAGGUUCAACCCUGGCUUGUCUGACCCCAGGUUUUCUGCUCUGUCCAUUCCCAGAGCUGUCUCAUCAUCACCUUCUGAUUCACAGGGCCCAGAUCCAAACAGGUAUCUCUAAUGAAACGGGUGAAGCGCCCCCUACCGAAAUGAUUGAAAAGACCCCCGCUGAUGGCUGUGUGCUUUGGUCCUCUGUUCAAUGGAGUUUAGUUUAACUCCGUUAAAUAAACCACAGGGGCCCUGGUGGUGCAGUGGUUAAAGAGCUUGCC